UUGAUCUGUUUCCUCGUCGUCAUCCUUCACCCCAUACAUCACGCCGACGACGUGCCAUAGCUGCCCUAGUCGGGGGUAGUUCCGCCUUCUGAAGCUCCAAUCCCCACCACCCCCAGAUACCAUGUCGCGCAGGACCUCAUACGCCCAGGUCGCCUCCGGUACGGGAGCAAACAGCCAUACAAACUCAGUUUCUGCUCGCUUGGGAGGCUUCCAUCACUCCUCUAAUAGCGGUGCUCACUCGCAUACGAUACCAGACCCCCGCCUCUCUUUCCGCACCUACGACGACCCACAACACAACGCCAUGUCCUCUUCUCUGGGUAGAGGCGGCCCGCUGCCUUCAUACAUGAGUGGCUCAGGCUACUUCAAAGACUACUCCGUGCACGAUGAUCCGGUAUCGUCCUUCUUUGUGCCUUCGUAUCUCCGGGGCUCCAAACACGCAGAGAAGCUGCAAGAGGUCCACAGAGCGCGCAUGGCUGCCCAGCAACAAUACCGAUCCACGCACUCCUCCAACGCCGAUUCCUUAUCCACGAGCUCCAGCAGCGCAAACCUCUUCCGAAUGCCGUCGUCGCACCGUGGCUUGACCCACGAAGUCGUCGAACGAGCGCCCGCCCUCACCGAAGAGCCCAUAGCCCCGUGGCCCACGCGCUGGAACGAGACUGACAAGUUCCAUCAGAUGGAGGUGGAGGAAAACGGCAGAUUGUGCAAGUAUUCGGGCUCACAAAAGUCGCAUGACGAAGCGGCAUCCAUAAGAUCAGACUACUCCAUGCCGCGGCAGUGUGGUAUAUAUUAUUAUGAGGUGACGGUGAUAUCCAAGGGCAAGGAUGGAAUGAUCGGUGUCGGGUUUUCUGGUCCCAAAGUAUCGCUGACUAGAAUUCCGGGCUGGGAACCAGACUCGUACGCAUACCACGGCGAUGACGGGCAGUGUUUCAGUAAUACGACGUCGGGUAAAUCGUACGGGCCAAAGUUUGGUACUCUGGACGUGAUAGGGUGUGGCAUCAACUUUCGGACAAACACGGCGUUUUUUACAAAGAACGGCCACUACUUGGAUGUUGCUUUUCGAGACUUGAAACCAAACGUCAACUACUACCCUACCGUCGGUAUGAAGAAGCAGGGCGAGAUGCUAAGAGCGAAUUUUGGCCAGGAACCCUUUGCGUUCGAUAUUGAUAAAAUGGUGCAGAACGAGAAGGCGACGAUACAGGCUGAAAUUAACCGCUUCAAAGACGUUGCAUCCAUUGAGACGGAUCUGAUACACGGUUUAAUUGGACAGUAUCUGGCUCAUGACGGAUACGUAGAGUCGGCGCGGGCGUUUGCGGAGGAAGUGGACGCAGAAUCAAAGGCACUUGCGAAUGAGUCAAGUCCAACGAUCAAUUAUACGGGGACCGAAGACGAUGUUCACGCGAUCAACCGGCAAAAAAUCCGAGCUGCGAUCCUCGAAGGAGACAUUGACAAGGCUCUGAAGCACACGAAUCUACACUACGCCAAUGUUCUUAGAGACAACGAAAACAUCUACUUCAAACUCCGUUGCCGGAAAUUCAUUGAAAUGAUUCGGAAAUGCAGCGAACUGAGAUCCCAAUGCCACGGCGCAUCCGACCGCACUCCCCCAUCAAAACGCUCCACCACAACAGCCGUCCACACCUCAAACUCAACAGCCAAACGCAAUUCGACCGCCACCGAGGAAUACGAUUUCGAGAUGGAACUCGACGAGCAACUUGGCGUACACAAUGGCGCACCCUGGGAAACUCCAGCCAAAGGCGAAAACGGCCAAGACGGCGGCGCAGAAGGAAAGGAAAACCAGACUGACGAAGCAGACGAUACAGAAGCGCAAGUCAGAGACAUGACAGACCGCAUGAUCCAAUACGGCCAAGAGCUGCGCGCGGAAUUCGCAAACGACCAGCGGCGCGAAGUCCAGAAGGCCCUUGAGGAUACGUUUGCGCUUAUUGCGUACGAAGAUGCGCGCGAGAGCACUUUGGCGCCGCUGCUGGAUACCGCAGGGAGAGUGCCUGUAGCGGAGGAAUUGAACAGUGCUAUUUUAGUGAGUCUAGGGAAAUCCAGCAGCGCGGUGCUCGAGCGCCUAGUCCAGCAGACGGAAGCCCUGGUCAACGAACUCACCGAGCAGGGUGGGCCCGGUGCGUUUGUCAACGUCAGGAAAGAUUUCUUGCAAUGA